AGACAAAAUUAAUAACAAAAUAAAAUAAAAAGGCUAUAUACAUGUUGGGAUUCUUUUUUAAUAUUGGAUAUCAGAACAAAAACUUAAAAAAAUGAAAAUUGUUUUAACAAAAAGCAAAUAUGUUUUGGGUUCUCUUCCUAUUGGGCCCUAGGGAAAGACAUCUAAUGUUGUCCUUACCUCGCAGUCGUUGCUGGAUUAGAAAAAAACAGACUUCUUGUUUCAGAGAUUGAUCGAGAUGGAGUUCUGUCCAACUUGUGGGAACUUGCUGCGUUACGGUCAAUCACAGUUCUUCUGCUCGACAUGUCCUUACGUCGCCCGCAUAGAAAGACAGGUUGAGAUAAAGAAGAAGCAAUUGCUGGUUAAGAAAUCAAUUGACCCGGUUGUGAAGAAAGAUGAUAUACCAAAAGGACCUGAAACUGAAGCACCGUGUCCAAGAUGCGGGCACGACAAGGCAUACUUCAAAACAAUGCAGAUUCGUUCAGCGGAUGAGCCAGAAUCGAGAUUUUAUAGAUGCGUCAAGUGCGAGCAAACUUGGCGCGAGGAAUGAUCCCUUUAUACUUUUCCAUUCACAAGAAAAGAAAGCCAAUCUAUCUAAUCAUUAAUUUCUCUCUUUUGAGUUUUUUUUUUGUUUGUUGUUGUAACACUGGCAAUUUUCGAUAGCUUUCGGAGUUAUCUGCCUUUGUUUUGUUUGGGAAUGUUUCUGUGUGAUUUAAGCAGUUUUGAUGUUUGUUUACAGUUUCUUAUAAACCACAAUGAAACAUUCAUCUGAAUGGA